AUGCUGAAGAUCUCGAAACUCUAUGCGACUUCGACACUUCUGUUUGUGGAUUCACUAGGGAAGAAGCCGUUGAGGCAAUUCAUCGCUUCUAAUUCAACAGUUUUUGUCGCAAAAGGUGAUGGUGUGAUCGAUGGUAUGAUUGCCGGCAAAGGAAGCAGAAUACUCGCACUUUACGCCGAAACGUUAGAGAUCGCUCACGCCCUGAUCAAGCACUACAUCGUCACCAAUAAGCUCACUCAAGUCUCCUUUUUCACAAGGGAAGAUGUUUGGGAGUGCAAGCCAAUGUCCUCUCGGCGUGUUCAUCGACGUCACACUAGGACUGUGCCAUCUAGCAUCAAGUGGAACAAGGUCUUCGCAUUGAAUAUGGGAUUCCACAUUGUGUAA